AUAGUUCUUAAAAUUUAUAUAAAUUGAAGACCCAAUUAUUAAUUCUGAAAGGUUAGGAUACGGGUGGAGGUAGCGACUGAAGAGUUGGGUGUUCUUUGCAAGGUUUUAUUUUCCUGAUCCCUAUCUCACGUUAACCCACCUCUCUCUCUCCUGCUCGCCGCUGCUAAGUCUUGGCCUUCCCACGAACUCAUCUGACUCUCUUCCAAACACUUCUAUCUGUUGCCGAGAUCGUGCUGCGCCCAUUCAUUUUUUAGAUUCCCGAGGUUUUGAUUUUUUCUUUGUUUUCUUGGUUUAUGUUAGUCUAUUCUGGAGACAUUACCCAAACACAUGGAAUGUUUUCAGAUAAUCCUUACAAAUUCAGGGUUCCAAAUGGAAAGUAGAACAUAUAAUAUGUAGCCUUUAAGAAGGCAAUGGCUUUAACAUAUUAACUGUUUUGCUAACUCAUAAUUUGCUAAUUGUUUGCAAAUGUUAUGAAGGUUUUACUGAAGUAGUAUUUUGAAGAAACGAUUUGAAGUCUGACCUGAGAAGGUUUAAGUUUGGAGAAGAGUGAGGUGUUCGUAACUAGUACCAGUGCAAUUUUCCCUGAAAAAGUCUUUUUGUGGCUGGGUUUUUUCAUGGCAACCAACUCCUAUAAAAGAUCACAUGAAUAGACGUGGGCUGUUGUCUUGUCAAACAUGGGGGACAUCUCAUGUGCUAACAAGAGAAUGCUUUUCUGAUGAUUCUACCAUUGCACAAGAAGUUGUGUGUCGUCUUCUUCCGGUUUUCCUGUUUACAGGUUUCUUCUAAUUCAGCUUCUAGAUGUAAUUUUCUUCCAUUUUUUCUCUCUAGAAGAUGGUUGACUCAAAGCCAAAGAGUCCCAUCUUCAUUUUUGCUUCAAACCAGACCGUUUCCUGAUUAUUCUCCUAAGAAGCCUACAAUUAGAGAUACUGAACUUAUCCAUGAUAUCACUGCUGUAAUUAAGUUGCGCCGUUCUGAGCCCCUUCAUCGCAUUCUAAAGGCUCAUGAAUCCAACUUUAGGUAUGAUCAUCUGAUUUGGGUACUGAUGAACAUUAAGAAUGACUACAAUCUGGUUUUGGCUUUCUUUGAUUGGGCACGAGUUCGUAGAGAACCAUCACUUGAAGCCCGUUGCAUUAUUAUUCACAUUGCUGUGGUGUCAAAUGAUCUUAGGCUGGCUCAUGAGCUGGUUCAUGAUUAUUUCUUGAACUCAAAGCUGGAGAUUGGCGUUAAAAUGACUCAAUUUACCCACCGGCUGAUAUACACGUAUAAGUACUGGGGACCAAACCCCAUUGCAUUUGAUAUAUUUUUUCAAGUCCUAGUGGAAAUUGGUCAUUUAAGUGAAGCAAGAAAACUAUUGGACAAAUUGUUGAGCUACGGACUAGUUGUCACUGUUGAUUCUUGUAAUGCUUUUCUUAGUCGCAUUGCUAACAAUUCUGAAGGAAUAGAGAUGGCAAUAAAGGUUUUUUGUGAAUAUGGUAUUAGUUGGAAUACUACGUCUUAUAACAUCAUUAUUUAUUCUUUAUGUCGAUUGGGAAAAGUAAAAGAAGCCCAUCGGUUACUCAUGCAGAUGGAUUUUAGAAGUUCUACACCUGAUGUUGUUAGUUAUAGUACUGUGAUUGAUGGAUAUUGUCAUUUGGGAGAAUUGAAGAAGGCAUUGAAGCUUAUGGAUGACAUGCAAAUAAAAGGACUUAAACCAAACCGUUAUACCUACAAUAGCAUAAUAUUACUUUUGUGUAAAAUUGGUAAGUCAUUUGAAGCAGAAAAGGUAUUGAGAGAGAUGAUGUCUCAAAAGAUUAUUCCUGAUAAUGUUGUCUACACCACUCUCAUACACGGUUUCUUCAAAUUAGGACAUGUUCGAACUGCAAACAAAUGGUUUGACGAAAUGCUGUCUAAGAAGAUCAGUCCUGAUUAUAUAACCUAUACAACUCUUAUCCAGGGAUUUGGUCAAGGUGGAAAGGUGAUAGAACCACAAAAUCUUUUCCAUGAAAUGAUUAGCCGAGGCUUAAAGCCUGAUGAAGUUACAUAUACAACACUAAUCGAUGUUUACUGCAAAGCAGGUGAGAUGGUGAAUGCAUUUUCUCUUCACAAUGAGAUGGUUCAAAUGGGAAUGACUCCAAACAUUGUUACUUACGGUGCCCUGAUUGAUGGCCUUUGUAAACAUGGAGAACUAGAUACAGCAAAUGAACUUUUGGAUGAGAUGCGGAAAAAGGGACUUCAACUGAAUGUUUGCAUUUAUAACUCAAUGGUAAAUGGUAUUUGCAAAGCAGGCAAUAUUGAACAAGCAAUAAAAUUGAUGAAAGAGAUGGAGGUAGCUGGGAUUGAUCCUGAUGCUAUCACUUAUACCACGGUCAUCGAUGCUUAUUGUAGAUUAGGAGAUAUUGAUAAGGCUCAUAAACUUCUUCAGGAGAUGCUGGAUAGAGGGCUUCAACCAACAGUUGUUACAUUUAAUGUUUUAAUGAAUGGGUUUUGUAUGUUGGGAAUGCUUGAAGAUGGCGAUAGACUCUUGGGAUGGAUGCUAGAGAAGGGCAUCGUGCCUGAUGCAAUAACAUACAAUACUCUUAUGAAGCAGCAUUGCAUUAGAAAUAGUAUGAAUACUACAACUAAGAUUUACAAGAGGAUGCGUAAUCAAGGAGUGGCGCCGGAUAGUAACACCUACAAUAUUUUAAUAAAAGGGCAUUGUAAGGCACGGAAUCUGAAAGAGGCAUGGUUUUUAUAUAAAGAAAUGAUUGAAAAAGGAUAUGUUCCCACUGUUACUUCAUAUAAUGCACUUAUAAAGAGGUUUUAUAAGAAAAAGAAAAUUUUGGAAGCAAGGGAACUUUUUGAAGAGAUGAGAGGACAUGGGUUGGUUGCUGAUGGAGAAAUAUACAAUUUCUUUGUUGACAUGUGCUAUGAAGAAGGAGAUGUGGAGAUAACUCUUAAUCUCUGUGAUGAAGCAAUCGAGAAAUGUCUUCUAAAUGAGAGAUAAAAUGAAACAGCCGGAGUCGUUUUAUAUUUUUCUGUAUAAUGAUCCAAACAUAUGCAAGGAGCGGACUUGCCGGAGAAAAUUUGCAUUCCCGUCUGUUUUCAGGUACAAGUCAUGUCAACAAAAUGCACCUCACACUCCUAGCACAUGCUCAACUUGUUUUGCUGGCAAUAUUUCUAUAGAAGCAAGAGCUUGGAUUAUGCCUAAUCUCUCAUAGAGAAGGAUGGAUUAUUCAAGCUUUCAGAAGACGAAGUUGAUACUAUAUGCACUUUGACUGGAGGUCCAGACGUGAAAAACCUUCUGAAAGAUGCUUGAACGGGCUCUAAAACAAGGCACAAACAUUACAUUCCUUAAAAAGGAGGAUAUGCGGAUUUUGGCGCAAUGCCAUAGGCUAAUAGCUCAGGACCUCUGCUUAUUUGAACCUAACGUGGCACACAAUGAUGAAUGGAACAUGUAACUUUGAAUCGCAGAAGGUGAGCUGGCUGGCUGAAGCUUGGACUAAUCUGUACUUGUAGAUAGCACAGGAUUUAAACCAACUACCAUUGCCAUUGUCACUGUUUCCAAGAAGAUUUUUGGUUGGCCUUUUUAUAGAGCAGCAGGUUGGUCAAGUUAUGGAAUUCAAGUUCAGCCCACAUGGGUUACAUUUGAGGCCAGUGCUCAUUACUCAUUUACUCCCAAAUUUUUAGCUCUCCCCCUCAAAAAUCCAUUUCACACCUCUUUUCAUCUCCCUCUCAUGAAGUUAGAACUUUAUAAAAAUAACACAAUCAACGUUGAUUCAAAUAUAUAAAAGAUAGUGAAAAUAUUCACAUUAAACUUA